AUGGGCCCCUGUACCGCCUCCCCAUGCUGCUGCCAGGCCCGUAAUCUGCCAUGGGCCCCCGUACCGACUCCUCAUGCUGCUGCCAGGCCCGUAAUCUGCCAUGGGCCCCUGUACCGCCUCCUCAUGCUGCUGCCAGGUCCAGAGUGUGUCAUGGGUGCCUGUACGGCCUCCCAUUGCUGCUGUCUCUAUCGCCACACUCUGCCAUGUGCCACUUUCAGGUCUCCUCACACUGCUGGUGGUUUCCAUUUUUGUCAUAGGGUGCUGUAUGGCCUCCCAUUGCUGCUGCCUCCACCGCCACACUGUGGCUCCACACUCUGGUUUUGGCCCCGUGACUGCCCAAAUGAGUGAAGUGUGCGGUGAUUCUAAGAUCGACGGCACUCAUCUGCAUGUCAUACUGACUGACAGUAUUAUUUCUCUUCCCCAGCAGACUCCAAGGGCAUUUAAAUUAAAGGUACAGUGUUCAGCACUAAUAUUA